ACUUGGUCUGCGGAAAUUACAAUUAAUUGAAUUAAUUAAUGUAAUUUAAUAGUAAUUUAAUAGUUUCAGCUAAAUCUCUCAGCAUCCCAUCCAGUUCGUGGGGACAUGGGUAGCACACAUCCAUGCAGGCUUCAGGAAUGCUGCUCUGUAGGCUACCUGCUGCUGCUGCUACUCCUACGCUCCUGUAGAAAGGCAUUACCUCACCUCUGUUGUUUGCUCAAAUCAGGGAAAAGUUGUCAUCUUUCUUUCAGUUUCCUGUUGUCAAUUCCUCAGCGCCCAACCACAGAAACAAUGGGUCCGUCGCACAAUGAGCGAGCUAGAGAAACUGAAAUACCAGGGAAAAGAACUAGAAAGAUGUUCAGAGUCAAUGGCUGAGAAGAAUAUUUCAGUGAUUCCCCACCUCGAAAAGCAAAACGAUCGUAUAAUAAAAUUGACAUUUGACCUGGCAUCAAACCUCUUCCAAAAAAACGUGACCAAUUCCAAAUGGGACACUAAAGUGUUGCAGGCUGUGCUGGAACUUCUUCGCCCGGAGCACACUGGCAUUUCUGAUCCAAGUCCACCCAUAGACCUUAUUAAGGGGGUCCAUGCCCAUUUUACGCAACUUGAGGAUCUUCUCUCACAUGAGAACUUCAGUAUGUGUGCCUGGGAGACGGUGCGGAUGCAGGUGAGGAUCACACUGCACAGAUUCCUCAUUCGUCUCCGCCAGCUCCGAGCCCGAAACCAGGGAAAGAAGGAAUAGAGGCUGGACUACUUCUCUCAUGGAUGUGGAAAAUCGCGUGUGUGGUUUAUUCCUUAAACUUACAUUUGAUAUUGUUUUCCCCCAAGAGGACCACAACAAAAAUCAACUGUUGCGACCAAAAGUCAAUAUUAGCCUGCCAGGUUUUCCUUUGCCUAUGUUUGGUCGUUCCUUUCUCUGAAUUCAAACUGUACAAAUGAGUUUGUUUUAUGUAGUCUUUAUAUUAAUUUAAUAUUUAUUAUUUAAAAUGGCAUA